CCUUACGUUCUACACAAUCGUUUCGAUCUGAAAGACAGUAUGGCGAGGAUGACGCAUAAUGUACAAGUUCGUGGUACAUUUCUCUGUCCAAUCAGAGAGCGGGGCGGGGUUUAAAGACAGUGACGCAUGCUUUUCAACCAACGGACGCUUGUAUCUAGUUUGUUUGGGAUUGCCUGGUUACCACCACCAGCUGAUCAAAAAUCAUGGCGACGCUUAACAAAAGUUUUGACGAAGCUGUUGGUACUGUGUUGGACAGUUUGGGUCGUAGCUUUGUUUUAAAGGCAGAACAGCGCUUGGCCUUGCAAUAUUUUGUUGAUAUGAGGACAGACGCAUUAGCCCUUCUUCCGACCGGUUUCGGGAAAAGUUUAAUCUAUCAGCUGGCCCCUUUAGUCGCUCAACAGAUGGGGUUCAGCCCAAGACCAGUGGUAGCAGUAGUAUCCCCACUGACUGCUUUGAUGGAUGACCAGGUUAAGGAGGCAACAUCUCUCGGGAUAUCUGCUGCACAGCUCGGUCCGGAGCUGGAAAGAACCAUCAAGAGCUGCCGGUACCAGCUUCUCUUUGGCAGUCCCGAGGCUUGGCUAAGUCCGAAGUGGCAAGAUAUGCUAUCUACCAGUGUUUACUGGGCCAACCUGGUUGGCAUCGUCGUGGACGAAGUGCACCUGAUCUAUAAAUGGGGGAAGGCUGCGAAAGGACGGACGCCCUUUAGGGCAAGCUUUGCGAGGUUGGGGGAACUUCGUGCAAUCGUCAAACCAGAAACACCAGUACUGGCAUUGACUGCAUCUGCUGAUCUGGAGUCAAGGGAAGUUGUGAGGAAACAACUACAUUUCCAGAACUGCAGCAACAUCAUUGCUAGCCCCAACCGGCCCAACAUCAGGCUUUCUGUGAGAAGACUUAAAACGGAUUCCCUGGACUGCUUUGACUGGCUUAUCAACAACCUGAAACACAGAGGGCUGGAGAUGUCACCGGUGAUCAUAUACUGCAGGACGAUCAACACUGUGACCAGAGUGUAUCUCUACCUCAAGGCUGAACUUGGGGAUAGUGCUUGGGUGGGUGAAAAAGUAGGUGAAAACCUUUUAAUUGGGAUGUACCACAGUUAUACUCUGCCCGAAAACAAAAGCAGGGUACUAUCCUCAUUUAGUGGAGAAGGCACCUGCAGGGUCACUGUGGCAACUACAGCCCUAGGAGUUGGCCUGAACUUCCCCAAUGUGUCACAUGUAAUCAUGUAUGGGCUACCAGAUGACCCAGAGGCCACUCUUCAGCAGAUCGGAAGAGCUGGCAGAGAUGGCUCUCCUGCAAAUGCAAUUUUGUACAGCAACAAACAGUUAGCAAACACAGACAAGGAAGUGAAGGCAGUCCUAGAGGAAAGCCUUAAAGGGUGUUUUAGGAAAGCACUGUAUUCCCGAUUCGAGAAAGAGGUCUGUAGCGUUGAGCCUGCACAUUCCUGCUGCACCUACUGCCACACUGUGUGCAAUUGCAGUUCAGACGGUUGCUCUGUUCCACAACCAAGCUUUGAAAUGGCAAAACAAAUUCCACCACCAAUAAAACGCAGAGAAGUCACACUGCAACAGCAGGGAGAGGUUAGCGAGCUUUUGCACAAGUACAGGAUCAGUCUGAUCCCAGCUGAUGAGCACUUGUACACAAAUGUUGCAUUCUGCACAGGAUUUAGCAAUGUUCUGAUCGAUUCAGUUCUGGAAUGCCUUCCUAUCAUUUUUGAUUUGGCCUAUGUCAUGAACAGCCUACCGGUGUUCGACACUGUACAUGGCCAGAAAAUCUUAGAAAUUGUUCAUGAGGUCUUUCUAGAUUUUGAUUUGUGUGAGUUCCCAGUGUUGCCUGAAGAAAAAUAUACACCACCAGAUCUACACUUCACUGGGUACUUUGAUGAUGAUGAUGAUGGUGAUCUCGAUGACCCCAAAGGCUCAGUUGGCACCAUCGAGUCAGGUCUGUUCAUGAUGGAACUCUAAGAAACUGAGCCUUUUAAAAUUUCAGCACAAUUGUAAAUAACUGCAAAAAUGUGAAUAUAUAGAAAUUGAAAAUGUGUUUCGUUGUGAUUAACCGCUGUAGGAAAUUGAGCCCUUGAAAAUUACAGCACAAUUGUAAAUAACUGCAAAAAUCAUCACCAUGUACCAAU